GCGGCGAGGCCGGGAAGCGGGUCCACAGCGCCGCAGGGUGUGUGUGCGUGCGCCGAGCGGCCGCCGCGCUCCCACUCGCCUCGACCGCCGGGAUCCAGGCCGCGGUGCCGCCGCCCCGACAGGACAGCCAUGGAUAAAAGUGAGUUGGUACAGAAAGCCAAACUGGCUGAACAGGCUGAGCGUUACGAUGACAUGGCUGCUGCUAUGAAGGCAGUCACUGAGCAAGGACAUGAACUGUCCAAUGAAGAAAGGAACCUCCUCUCAGUUGCCUACAAGAACGUGGUGGGUGCCCGUCGCUCAUCCUGGCGUGUCAUUUCCAGCAUUGAACAGAAAACAGAGAGGAAUGAGAAGAAACAGCAGAUGGGAAGAGAGUAUCGUGAGAAGAUCGAGGCUGAAUUGCAAGAUAUCUGCAAUGAUGUUCUGGAACUCCUGGAUAAGUACCUUAUUGUCAAUGCCACGCAGCCAGAAAGCAAGGUCUUCUAUUUGAAAAUGAAAGGUGAUUACUACAGAUACCUCUCAGAGGUGGCAUCUGGGGACAAUAAGCAAACAACGGUAGCAAACUCUCAGCAAGCUUACCAGGAGGCAUUUGAAAUUAGCAAGAAAGAGAUGCAGCCAACACACCCCAUUCGACUUGGUUUGGCUCUAAAUUUCUCUGUUUUCUACUAUGAGAUACUAAAUUCUCCUGAAAAAGCCUGUAAUCUGGCAAAGACGGCAUUUGAUGAAGCGAUAGCAGAGUUGGACACGCUGAAUGAAGAGUCUUACAAAGACAGCACUCUCAUCAUGCAGCUGCUUAGGGACAACCUCACUCUAUGGACGUCGGAAAACCAGGGAGAUGAAGGGGAUGCUGGGGAGGGAGAGAACUAAUGGCUGUCACGCUUCACUCUGUGUUCAAUGUCACCCUGUAUCCUACACAUAUAUCCCUUUGUGCGACAAGCAAAAAGAAUAGUACAUUGACUUUCACAACCUCAACGUAGCAAAAACUGUCUGUGGGGUGAAAAAAAAAAACAGUUGGUUGAUGUUUUGUGUCCUUAAAGCGGAGGUCGGUUACUCUAAUGGCAUUCCGAACUUUCCUAUUCUGAACAUUUACAGUUACGAUUACCGUGUUUAUAUUUUUAACUGAACACUGUGAUUAUGGGUUUUGUGAUUGCAAUUGACUUUACAAAACUCUUAUUGGUAGAAAAGUAGACAUCAGUUGUGUAACUCUGGCAAGCUUAAUUUGGCACCAAAAUAGUCGAAGUACAAUUCUGUUGUAAAGUUGUACAGAAAGUUAUAGAGAUUCUAUUGUGACACUGGGGCAUGGAAGGAAAACAAUCUGAUGUAUGGCAUUCCAGUUUGUAACACUGCUAUGAGUUAGUUUAACAGGCACACUCUGUAGACAUUUGUAACCAAGUCUGAGGCACCGCUUUCAGUCAAAAGCUCACUUUGUCAGUCCUGUCUUUCUGGGCAUGGGGUUUGUUUUGGGGAGGAGGCUAAUGGGGGAGUUAGCAGCUUGAAUUCCAAACUCUUUACACUGGCAGAUAACUGGGAUUUGACUUCUAAAAGUGCUUUCAUGCUCAUAGGACAUGCAUGACUAAGCCCCUUCCCACAGCAAUAACAUACCUAACUAUACCUUAGAUGUUAGUAGUGAGAAUUCUUUGUUCACUACCAUGGACUUGCAAUAGGAGAAGAUUCAAUUUUUUGAAUGGCCUUAUUAGUUUGGAUGAUACCAUGAAGUGAUCUGCCACUUUUGCAUUACUUUACUCUUGGGUGAAUCAAAAUCUCCAUGGUAUUCCCAUUUUGGAUUUAUCCUGAAAGCUUCUUAAGUAAUCCACUGAGCCAUCUUUAAGUACAGUUUAUAGAAAUUUUUCUCCCUUUGGACUCUGUUCAUCCCUGACCCUCUCAACUGUUUAAACUCCAUUAAAGCAGUUCUGGACUCCCACAUACACAUCAUCCUUUCUUUAAUUUUGUGUGAUGUCAGGAUGGUGGGUGAAACCUGAGUCUGCUCAAGGACAGGUUUCUUUCUUGGAUGUUUGACAGCUGCCAGUACUGUUGCAGUCUUCAGCUCUCAUCUGCCAUUUUUUUGAUAGCACCAGGAACUGGCUCAAAUAUUCAGGAUUCCCCAUUUAUUGUACUGGAAUGCAGACCAACUCAUUUGUAAUGCUUGUAACUUGUAAUAUUUGAGCUCCAAACGUCCUCACCUAGUUAUGUUUCAGACAUGUCCCAUUUAAAAAAAAUUACUAAGAGUUGCGUGAAUAAUACAGUGGAAAAGAUUAGGAGUAGUCACCUGUCAGUCCCGCGGAAUCAUCCCCCUACCUUCACAUUCCACUUAGGUAUAGGAUCCAUCUGUUUGUCCAUCUGUCUGCUGAAGAGAAUUUCAUGCACUGAUUUUAAAACUCCCCUCUACUAGCUGAACAAAUUGUGCAGUUAAUACUUGGCGCUUGAUAAAUGCAGUAGUGAAUGUGGAACCGAGCCUGUCUGUAUAUCUGGUAGCUCUUUUCGCUUUGUUUUUACUGACCAGUAUUCUGCCUAAAGUUUGCUUCUGUGACGGUUAUAUUGCCUAGCACACACGUGGUUGUGAGAAUAGUAUAGCAAAAAGAAAAACCUGGUUAUUGAUGUACUAGAUUUGUGUAUGUCUUUUAAACAGUUCUAGUUUCACCUUACACAAAAUAAUCAGGAAAGUGUAAAAGAAUUCAAAAGUGAAUAAUAAAAAAAAAUUUUAUCA